AUGUCAGUUUUCUUCUAUUCUUCUCAAGAAGCCGCAACUCAUGGAAAUCAGGGUGCUGUGUUGCCUUAUCACUUUAACCGGUCCAUCUCCGACAACAAUGCCGAUUACGAUUUCAGAAACACAAGCGUGGGAAAUGCCUCGACGUUUGAUCUGCUCGACGGCGCAAAUUUUGUUGUCUUCGACCGACAGCGUGGCAUGCAGUAUCUAGGACCAAACCCGAGUUACGAGUUCAUGUUCACAGUCUCAAAAGCCGUCCAUGAAGCUCCUGUCUAUGCUCCAGAGCAGAAUCUAUUGUUCCUCUCCCAGCUGGCACCCCCUGCCGGUGUUCUACCUCAGCUCGUUGUGAACUUGAAUGAUGAUCCUCCAACCCUGAGCAACUACGAACCAAAUCCACCUAUCUAUGCACCGAACGGCGGCACUUUCCGCGAUGGUCUUAUUGUUUUUGGCGCCAGUGGAGGCAACAAUAGCAUUGGUGGAGGGGAACAGAGAGCCUCGAUUCGAACCGUGGAUCCUGCCACGAAUCGUUCCACUGUGCUCUUAAACAACUACUUCGGAUUCUACUUCAACACGAUAGACGACUUGGCUGUUCACCCUACGUCGAAGGACAUCUUCUUUACCGACCCCGAUUACAGUUGGUUCAAUGCCUUGACAGAUACUGCCCCACAACUCCCGACUGCAAGUUACCGCUUUAAUCCUAGUACAGGAGCUACGUUCCUAAUAGAGGAUACCCUGGAGCAGCCCAACGGCAUCGCAUUCUCCCCAGACGGUUCAACUCUGUACAUCUCAGAUACAGGCGCCGUGACGGGGACUAUUGAUCCUCGACUCGGCAGCCAGGGUACUACCUUCAAUACCACGGGCAAACGGGCCAUCUAUGCUUGGGACGUGUCGAAUAAUGGCACCAAAAUUUCAAACAAGCGCGCCUUUUACCUUGCGCAGGAUUGGGUUCCAGACGGAUUAAAAGUGUCACAAGAAGGCCUUGUGCUCACGGGCUCGGGUCACGGUGUUGAUGUCCUGGACGAUGUCGGGCAGCUCCUCAUCCGCAUCCAGACCAACUAUACGGUUCAGAAUUUCGCUUGGACGGGGGAGAACCUCACCACUUUGUGGCUCAUGGGAAACAAUGGCAUCAGCAAGGUAGAAUGGAAUAUCACUGGGCAAAGACUGACUUAG